AUGAAAACACAUUUGUGUAAAGGGACUCAUGAACUAAUUCACAUUUCGAAUGUUGUAAGCAAUGACGAAAUAAAACAAAGUCCAAAUGAAAAAUACAAUGAACGCAUUUAUUCAAGCAUACCAACUCCUGCUUUAAAAAAAAUUGACAUUAGGGAUUUCGAUACCUACAUUAGUUACAUAACAAAGAUAAAUACCAUCAGCGACGUAAACAGACAAAACCCGGAUGAACUAUGUUUACUAAAUUUCAAACAGGUACUAACAAAGCCACAUGAACAUAUUAAAGUACAACGGAAUGAGGAAAAAUUACCAAAAGAGGUCAAAGUAAAUUUUCAAAAUUUGGAGCAGCAUUCUAAAUAUAAGUACAACAUUUUCUUUGAUCAAAAUUCAACAUGCGAUAUAUCAAAUAUCAUGCAACAGCAGCAGCAACUCAACGAAGACCUGGAACGAAUUGACAAAUGCAUAAAUGCAAUGAUAUACAAUGAACUGAACAACUAUUUUUACAUAAUUAUAAUAAUGAAAAACUUAAGAGAAGAAAUAGAAAUACUUCAAGAUCAACUAGAAUGCGUAAAAACACACAUAAACGAUAUAAAAAAUAUAAUACUCAAAACUAUUCAUUUAAAUAAAUACAACGAGUUAAAAAGGAAAUGUGAACAUAUAAAUUUUAUAUUUAAAAGAUUUCUUUAUUUUCUAAAUUUAUUAAAAAAAUUAAAAUAUUUUAUUCAAGAAAAAAAAUUUUAUCAAUGUUUAUUCCUUGUUAAUAAAAUUUUGAAAUUAUAUUUUUAUUAUAAAAAACAGUGGACGACUUAUCAUUAUUUUAGUAAUUAUUUUAACAAUUUUAAUAUUAUAUAUUUAAAAAAUUUUAUUUUGGAAAAUUUAAUUUUCUCUUUUUCUUAUCAUUCCAUUGAUUUUCUGUUUGGCACGAGCGGAGGGACAGAGGAAAAAAAAGGAAGAAACGAAAUUGGUACAAACAGCAGUGGUAACAGCAGUGGUAACAGUAGUAGGUACAGUAACAGGCAUAGUGAUAGGUACAGUAACAGGCAUAGUGAUAGGUACAGUAACAGGCAUAGUAACAGGCAUAGUAACAGGCAUAGUGAUAGGCGUAGUGAUAGGCAUAGUGAUAGGCAUAGUGAUAGACAUAGUGAUAGACAUAGUGAUAGGUACAGUAACAGGCAUAGUGAUAGGCGUAGUGAUAGGCAUAGUGAUAGACAUAGUGAUAGACAUAGUGAUAGGCAUAGUGAUAGGUACAGUAACAGGCAUAGUGAUAGGCGUAGUGAUAGGCAUAGUGACAGACACAGUAGUAAACACAGUGGUGGAAAAAUAGGAAAAAAAAAUAAAUACUCUCUAUGUGAAAUAUUCAAGUUAAAAUCGCCCUACAAGUGUAGAGUUAGCAGCAGCGCCACUUUGAUAUAUGUAGAAGAAGAUGGGUACAGUGACAAAGAAUGGUAUAUCUACCGUAGGAGCUACCAUAACAAUUCGUUUAGUACCAGGGGAAGAAGCGACUAUUUCGUUAAUUUCCACAGAAGGAAUAACGCAGCAUUUUUGCAUUAUUACUAUAAUACACCAGCUCGAUUUGUAACCCUGAGGAGGGAUUCCAAAGUGGAUGAAGAGAAUGUAAUGAGGGUUGAGGAAGCGAACUUAGUGAAUGAUGGGAAAAAAGAAAAAAAGCAAAAGAAUGUGGAAGAGGAAGGGGGGGACAAAAAUUCCAAAAUUUAUAGCAGAAUGGACAGUAGCUUAUUAGCACUCGAAUUAUACAUAACAGGGGGGAAGAAAUGGAAUAGAUGGAGUAGACGGAAUAGAUGGAGUAGAUUGAGUAGAUGGAGUAGAUGUAGUAGACGGAGUAGACGGAAUAGAUGGAGUAGACGGAGUAGAUGGAGUAGAUGGAGUAGAUGGAGUAGAUGGAGUAGAUGGAGUAGAUGGAGUAGAUGGAGUAGAUGGAGUAGACGGAGUAGAUGGAGUAGAUGGAGUAGAUGGAGUAGACGGAAUAGAUGGAGUAGACGGAAUAGAUGGAAUCGUGUGAAAAAAAGAUAUAACAAAAACCUAGCUUCGUUAAACAGGCUGUUCACACCGGUACUGAUCUUUAACGGUCUUUUCUAUUUCUUGGACAAUUUUUGCACAAAUAAAAAUUACGUAAAGUAUUUUGUAAGUGAUAUACUUUAUAGAUCUCUGAACGAAACUAUUUUAAUUAUGCAGAAGGACAAGCUGUGUGAUAUAAAUAAUUUUCCGUGCAUGGGUUUCAUUACGGAUGAUAGCGGUGGGGGUGCGACCAACGGUAAUGCGCACAGUGAUUGCAGUAAUAGCAGUGACCUCAAUAACCGUAGUGAUGACUUGGAGAGAGCGAAAGAGAGCACUAUGAACAGUGGGUUGUCCUACGAUGAGAAGGAAAAUAAAAUGGAUGAAGAGGACCAAGUAGACGAGGAUAUAACGCAGCUCGAGUGGGAAGAAUUAGAAAAUCGUCCAAACAAUGAAACCAUAAAUAGUCAUGAAGAAGCAGGAGGUAAUAAAGAAACGCAUGGGGAAAAAAAUGUAUCGGCAAAAACCAUGUCUAAGCAGUGUAGUUUAAAUAAAGGUAAAGUACAUUUAAGUAAGAAAAGCAUAUCGUGUGAAAAUUUAGUAUUAGAAAAAUGUAAAAUGAGUUAUAUAUUAUAUUUUUAUAAAAAAAGAUCAUUAAAAAGUAAGUUGUACAAAUAUAUAGGUUUCUUCCCUAUAAAUAAUUUUGUAUUUUUUUUAAAUAAUUUUUUUAAGAAAAUAAGAAAAGUGUACAUCCGAAUAAAACAGUGGUUAGACUUCUUAAUAUGUAAGACACUUACAACUGUUUUCGAAGAGAAUUGUUCAAAAAAUUUUAAAAAAUAUUUAAAGUACCUUCUUUUGAAUUAUACUAAUAAUGUUGUUCAUCUUAUUAAGGAAGAUUGCAAAGUAAUGCAAAAAAAAUUUUUUUUUAUUUUUUUUAAAUUCUGGAAGAAUUAUAUAAAUAUACAGCAUAUACUUUUUUCGUCCUUUUUACAAAAAAUAAAUAAUAUAUGCAAUGAGAGGAAAAAAUAUAAUACACACAUGAGCAUCAAUCAAGUAGUUUAUUUAUUUUGGACCAUGUUUCCGCAAAUCUACUUCGUGUAUAAGAAGAACAGAAACUCGUGGAUUUCCUACUAUCGUCGCUUUUUUUACUUGUACUAUUAUAAGUGUCAAUAUAUCAGCUCGAGCAUUUCCACUGCAGGGGUUCACUCCAGGGUUGCAGGAAUGCACUUGGUGGGCUCGAAAAGGGAAGGAAGCCAACGGGAAGUUACAUCCAAAUGUACAGUGGGUAGUGCCGUAGAUAGCGGUUCUAAAGGAGGUGUAGAGAACAGUACCGCUAACAGUGCCAUGCACAGUGCAGCCUACAUCGGAGCGAGGAGGAGCAUCUGUGUGAGGGCCACAUUCACCAAGUUGUUUCUCAAAAUAUACCGGAAUUCGACCAGUUUUAGAAAGGAUGAACACUACAUGAAGUGCAAAAAGACAAAGUCUUACAGAGCGCGUAGGUUUGUUCACUCAUUGGUGAAGAAACUGACACAACAUAUGAGCACUAAUAAUGUCCUUUUUGGUUAUACCAAACCAGAUAAGGAAGGACAAUACAUAGAUGAAAAAAAAAGGCAAAAGGGGAAAAAUAUAUAUAGUAAAAAAGCACUCGAUUUUUUGAUAAAUUAUCACAUGUACAUUGGUCAGAAAAAAGAACGUAAUUGCGUAAGUCAUGAUAAAAACUGUCUUUUAAUAAAAAAUCAAUAUUUUCAUAUUCCUCGUAAAGUUAUGACUCACUUUCUAAGGAGAAAAGAUGAAUAUAGGGAUAGUACUAUAUAUAUGUUUGAAAAGGUGAAACAAAUGAAGUCCAAAAUGUGCUGUAAUAAGGAGGUGCGUCAUAUGAAGCAAGUGUUAUGUGGUGAGUUAUACGGCAUUACGUCUGAUGAAGCUAAAAAUAGAGGUUGCUGCAAACCUUUUGGAAAGGAGUCGACUUAUGCAGAGAAGGCAUUCCAGUACUUAAAGAGCGAAGCUCUUAUAGCUGUUAAUAACUUUUAUGAGUUUAAAAAUAUCCAAAUUAAUAAAUUAUUUGAAAUAGAAAAAUGGGAUGUUGUUGAAGAUAUACCAGACGAAAUAAACAGUCAACUGGUAAAUUAUUUUUCUUUAAAUAAUGAACAAGUACAUAAAAUUAGCUUAAAAGGAAGAGAUUAUUACAUGACCAACAGUAAUCUAAGUUUUUUAUGUAUCCUGUUUCAGUACACUCAUUAUAUGUUAUCCCUUCCAUUUAUAUCAAAAGAAAUUGUAAUAAAAAUACUUAAUUUUUAUGAAACACAGUUUUAUAGUAAUAUACUCCAUUUUAUUAUUAACGGACAUGCUGUUACGAAUAAUACUCUUAGAAGUAUAACCAUAAAGAUACUAGCAUUAGUCAUGAAUACAAUUGAUUUUUCUUCUCUUAUUUUGAAACACAUAUUGGCCAUUUUCAACCAUAUCGUUAACUUAUUUGGUACAAGAGGAAUGUAUGGGAAGGCGGUAAGUCCAGUGAACGCAAAAAUCUGGAAUAAAAAUGCUACAAAAUUGAACGGAGGACUAGAAUUGGGCAAAAAAAAAAAAAAAAAAGACCACACGUGCGAUAGGAAGCUGGACGAGAAUAAUUCCAAAUCCUCUUUUUCAAAAGAAAAUUUGAAAAGCUGUACCAUUUUUCAGAGUGAAGGAACUGCUAAAACGAUACUACGAACUGGUAGUAAUAACAGCCGCAAUGUUAAGGAAAAAUCAAAUAGCGUAGACACGAAAAAGAAUACCGUAUGUAGUUCGAGGGGGGGAAAACGAAUCAGUAACAUCCACAAGUUGAUGUUUUUUCAAAAGGAAGAGAAGCAGAAGAACCACAAGGAGAAGAAAAAAAAAAAAAUAAUAAAUAAAUUAGUAUCACUGUCCUUUUCAAGUAAAUCCAAUAGCCAGAUGGGCGCAAAAUAUAAAGAAGAAGAAAGACAAAUAAAGGAAAACCUUCCCAAUAAACUGAGUGAAUUCCCAGUUCACAAAAAUGAUAAAAUAAAACUCCUAUUGGAAGAGUUACUAGUUGAUGUAGAUAUACAUUCGGUAAAAAAAGUCUUUAAUGAUUGUUUUAAUAAAUUUUUUAAAAUUCUUAUAUCACACGAAACAUACGUACUAGUAGAUUUUCAUUUUUCUAAAAAUCAGCAAGAGGCUUAUUAUAAGAAAUUUAAACUAGUGCUAGAUAAACUAUCAAUUUUGAAAAAGAAGCUUGCCCAAAAAAUAGUGGACAUACUGUCAACACGAUUUGACUACUACACAAAUAUAUGGCUAGCAUCUGAAAACUUAAUAAAGAAUGAAAAAGUGAACUCCAUAAAUUACGAGUGUGACAUUCUUCCCUACGGGAUGCAGCUCCGAUCCACUUGCAAGGUACUAUCAAUUUAUCUACAGGAAGAGGACACGAAGGAAAUGUACCGUGAACUUUUCCAAGAUAUAGCAAAUCGUUUCAGAUUAAGAAUAAACGUAUUGAAGGAAAAUAGUAAGUACAAAGAAAUCAUAAGAAGGUUAGUAGAGGACGACUUCACAGACAAAUCUGAAAUUGACAAAUUAAUUUUAUAUUAUUAUAAGUACGAAUUUAAUGAAAAAAUAUGUUCCAUAAUAAAUAAAAAUGUGGGAGAUAAAAUACUAAUUGAUAUAACGAACGUUUUAGUAAUUUUAUACAAAAUACCAUUUUUAUCUGAAAUAUUAGAAAAUUUUUUAAAUGAUUUUUUGCAAAUCUGCAAGUCUUUGUGGUACAUAACAAUUAACCCUUUAGUUAUUCUGAAAAAGUACAAAAUUUAG